UCUGUCACUUUGGUGUUCGCCGGCGUUUUUGCUGUCAUAUCUUUAUCGAAAUUAUUUGCGCAUAUUAGAGCGUGAAUUAAAUUCUAUUAAUCGAAGUUUUCUUAAGUAAUCGCUAUGUCAGACGAAUCAUUUUAUGGUGUAACUCUUACUGGGCAGGAUAGUACUGUAUCGUGGGAUGUGCUCUCUAAUGAUGAAGACUUUCCUCGUGGUCAAAAAUUAAUAAUCAAACAAAUUCUGUUGGGUGCAGAAGCCAAAGAGGGUGAAUUUAACGUUGUGGAGGUAUGUUUCUAUAUUAACCAUUUAAGUGUUGUACAUUAUCAAACCUGUGUGAUACUAGUAAAUACAAUGGGUUUAGCUUAUUAA